AUGCACCCUUCCAGCAGAAUGGAGGUUUUUCAAAGGGCACGUAUGCCCAUUUCGACCCAGGUGAUCAUGGCAAGAAGGACAAGGAAUCUCUCUAAUGCUUGUCUUGCUAGUCCUGGAUUCACACUUUUCUAUCUUAUCCGAUAUAUCAGCAUCGCAACACUGCUAAUUAGUAACAUCGGAUUCUUCUCCAACUUUACUCCAUCUACCUGUCAAAAGUAUUAUAUGGCUGCGCCAAUCCUCAAAGUUUUCCAAAUAAUGGUCUCUCAAUCAAUCCUAGGAGCACGGUAUGGGGUGUAUCCAAUUCUUUUGCGGCGGCGGAGCUCAAAGAUUUGUUUAGGACAUAUAAUAUUUCUCGUCGGAAUCGCUGGGUUGGAUGGUCUUUAG